GAGCGGGGCGCUGCUGCUCCUCCCACGUGUCAAACAUCCGACGGCCUCUCAUCGCUCCGCCGCCCUACGCCCCCUCUUCAAAUUACCACGGCGAAGCGGAGAACAGAACGGAGCGAAAGCCGAGCACUUGGAGUGGGUGUCGGGGUACGUACGCGUUGGCCAUGGCGGAGCACUCGGAGGAGUCGGCCCUGACGGAGGAGAUCCAGCAGAAGUCCCGAGGCCACGAGGACUCAUCCUCCUUGUCGUCUGGUUCCGAUGCGGAGAAGCCCGGGCCAUCACCUUCCGUCAAGGUCACACCCUACCGCCUCUUCAGCCGGGAGAGGCCUGUCCACCAAGUCCUCGGCAGCGGCAGAACUGCUGAUGUUAUGCUAUGGAGGAACAAGAAGAUCUCAGCUGGAGUGCUCAGCGGUGCUACCGCUAUCUGGGCUCUGUUCGAGUUAGUCGGCUACCAUCUUCUCACUUUGAUCUGCCAAGGCCUUAUGCUCUCUUUACUUGUCCUCUUCUUAUGGUCCAAAGCUUGCACCUUGAUUAACAAAUCUCCGCCACGCAUUCCAGAGGUGAACAUAUCGGAAGAACGAGCCAUAAAAGUUGCACUCAAUAUGAGGAAUGAGAUGAACGGGGCCUCUGCUGUUCUUAGGGAGAUCGCACUGGGACAGGACCUAAAGAAGUUUCUAGCUGUUAUUGCUGUGCUCUGGAUUCUAUCGACUGUAGGAAGCUCUGUCAAUUUCUUGACCUUGGUCUACAUAACAUUCAUGACACUGCUCACAGUGCCUGUUCUUUACGAGAAGUAUGAGGACAAAAUUGAUGCAUCUGCAGAGAAGGCAAUAACAGGAAUCAGGCAGCAGUAUGCGGUGUUUGAUGCCAAGGUUCUCAGUAUGAUCCGUCGAGGUCCACUGAAGGCCAAGAAGCACUAGAUCAUGGGCAUUGUUAGUACUGUCAAUGAUUUAUCUGUGGUUCAGUCAGAACGCUUUCUUUAUCUUGUCUAUAAAGCUGUCAACUUUUUCCUUCAAUCUAAUUGAAUGAGUGUGGCCUGUC